AUGGCUCCCUCUCUUAACACCCACUCCUCUUUCACACGCCCGAGAACCAGCGAACGUGAUGGCCGGCCCAGCACCCGCGAUCAGGGCGGUGCUGACAACCUCUUGAUACCCAGCCGCACCUCGUCUCUUCACUCGCGCAUCACCCAACCCGCCCCGGCCACGCUCGCGUCGAAGCCUCAACAACGGACUCCCAAGACACUCACACAUGCGUACAUGGUGUGUGGUGUCGGCCGCGAGCCUUCACAAUGGGUCAAGGCCCCAGCGCCCACCCAGGGCAAGAUUGGCCACAUGAAGGGAGCGGUUGGUCAAUUCUGGCUGCCCGAGAUCCUUGGCAGCAGCCCCAGGCUGGAGCAGGAUAACGAGAUUGCCCGUGCGUUGCAUGCUGCGAUGAAGGCCUGUUUCCCCCACGAUGUCGAGAUCUGCACUGGCCGUAGCCAGCCUCACUGCGUCCACCACGCCUUCGUCCUACAGCAGGACUCGUCGCACACUCUUUAUGGCAUCUCUCUGCGUGUUUGGUCGCGAGCAGACGAGAAACGCGCAGAGACAAUCCGCGACCUGCGAAAGCGGACCGAGUCCGACUACUACGACAGCCCCGACGAGACAUACUGGAUCCCAUACUGUCUCUCUUUCCUGUCACGAUACCCCCUUUACAACCUCCUAGGCGACUAUCUCCGUGGCAUGUGGAUCCACUGGAACAAGGCCACCAACCUCUUCCACGCCGAGGAGGUGUCUCGAAUCCUCAGCUUCCCGGCGCCGCGUCUCAACGACCUUGUGCGAAUCGACAUGAAGGACUAUGCGCUUUGCUACCAAUUCCCCUCUUCACCAACGGGCUUCCAGAACUUCGCCAUGUGGCCCCUGUUCGCCUGUCUGUCAAUUCCCAACAUUGUGGGUGUGAUCGAGGCCGCCAUCUCGCCAACCCGCCGAAUCAUCUUCGUCAGCCAUUACCCUGCUAUGCUCACAAUGGCUGCAGAGACAAUUCGUUACUGCGUCCGCGUGUACGAGUGGAGUGGCCUGUAUGUGCCUGUCGUCCACGCUCGACACGCUGCCGAGCUCGUCCAGGAGCCCGGACCGUACAUCUUGGGCAUCACGGCCGAGUGCCGCUCUCUCUUCACAGCUCCCACCGAUGCUCUGGUGGUGGAUCUCGACCGUAAUUUUGUUCUCACGUCUGACCCCCCAACUGCCCUGAACCCGGGACAGCGCAACAAGUUUGUCAACCGCUUGACCCAGGCUCUCAAUGGUGACGUGACGCCGUCUGGCGUGCCCCAGCACCUGCGAUCUGCCUAUGGCGGUGGCAAGCUUAUCCCGGCUGGCCAGAUCAUUGUCAUGCGGGGCGAGGUCGAGUCGAUCCAGGAGCCCGAAUGGUGGAAUCUGGACUCCGUCAUGGCCGUCAUGGACCACGUGUGUGAAAAGGUUGGCCGCAACACUGGCAUCAAGGCUGUCUUUGCAGGUCAGCAGAAGAAGCCCUUGAUGACAAAGGUGUCAAUGCGCCACCUCAACGAGAUUGUCCGUGAGCGCAACCAGUACUCGCGUGACGCCCUCGAGGCCUGGCAAGACUUUAUCAACCUCAAGGGCCGCAUGGACACUGAGCUGAGCAAAGUCAACAAGCGCAACAACUAUUUGGUGGAGGAGCUCGAGAACUGGAAGCAGCAAUUCCUCAAAUUCCAAGCGUUUGCUGACCAGCUCACCAAGGAGACCCAGGAUCUCAAGGUCAAGAUCGAGAGCCACAAGAAGGAGAACCGUCGUCUUGCGACUCUUAUUGACCAGCAGAAGGACGACAACGCCCGCCUCUCGGUACGCCUAACCGGCACCGAGAAGCAGCGCGACGAUGCGCUCGAGGCCCUUGUCCUCCAGCAAGAGAUUGCCGAGGAGCUGGAGCGCGAGCGCAAGCGCAACAAGAAGGAGCUGUCACAGCUUCAACACACUAACACCACAAUCAUGCGCCAGCGCGAUGAGGCCCGGCGCGUGGUGCUGCACCUGCGCAGCCUUGUGGGUGGCCAGAGCCACCACAUGGAGCACCUCGUCCAGACCCUCACCAAGCCUGAGGAGCUGCUUAGCGAAAUCGAGGCUGGCUACGACGAGGAGCAAGCCGCCGAAGCUGAAGAGGCCCGUCAGGCUGAGGAGAAGGGUGUAUCCCGUGAGGACCACGCCAAGCUUAAGCCUUCAAGCCGUGGCGAGAAGCGCAUUUCUGCGUCGAGCUUCAUCGACGUGGCCGACCGUCAUCUCAAGGACAAGACGGACGCUAUUGCUCACAUUGUGCGCAACAUUUCGGAGCAGUGCCAGGCUGCGGUUGAGAGCCUCCAGCUGGCUCAAGAGUCCGAGCUGCGCAACAGCCGCCGCCAGAGCGCCCUGUCAACGGCGCACAGCGACGACGGUCACUCUGCGGCCACUUCGGAGACGGGAGACGACAGCAUGCUCCAGCCUUCGGGCCGUGCCUCGAGCAUCCCUCCCACCCCAGACCUGAUACCCAACAGGAGCAGCACCGCCAUGUCGUUUGCGUCGACAACGGCCACCACACCCGAGCGCGGCAGCCAGCAGUUCCUUGUUCGCGAGGAUAUCCCGACCAAGAUUGUCGAGGACGACGAAGGUGAGUACGAGGACGCCAACGAGAACAACAAUGGCGUCGUGUCCAAGCACCCCGACACACUCCUGCACCGACCUUCUGGUGCGCGCAUCAGCGCUCUGGGUGGCUCGCGCUGA